AGUUGCUGUCUCAUAUCGAUUUAUUCAACUCCAUUUAAUUUCAUUUAAUUCCAACUAAUUUUUGAAAGGACAGACAUGCCUUCAACCUUUGCCACUAGAUAUUGGCCGAUAGGCUGCGUUACGUUUGCCUGUCCAUAGGACAUAAAAUAUGACGUAUCAAAGAAAAAAGGGGGUAAAGUACGGUAAUCAAAACAAAUGUAAAACAAAUCAAAUUUUAUUUGAUACAUAUUAUACCUACAUAACGAUAAUAAAAUAAAUUUUAAUUAAAAAAGCGACACAAAAUGGACCAUGUCAUAAAAUAGAAAUUCGGAUAUCGAUGUUUGCCUGCACUUAUUAGUUACAAGGAAAAAUAAAAAGUCUCAAAUAAGUAAUAAGUAUGAACAGUCCAAAAAAACUUGAUAAGUAUAAAGGAUUUCCUUUGUACAUUGAAGCAAUUACUACUAAAGAUUUUAAAAAAUAUCUAGAAACAUGUUUGACUCUGGAAGAUGAAGCUCGGGAUCAUUCGUUUCAUAAAAUAUUAGUGAACCAUUGGCCAGAAAAUUUGAAUAGUUUCAUAUCAGCAUUUAGUGAUUAUUUCGGCUUUGCUCUUAUCCCUGUUAAUGUUGUUAAAGAGGACAAUGAUAAAUUAUCAUUCUACUCGAGCAAUCUUAAUUUAAUAUCAAAAAUUAUUGAAUUAAAUUUUUUAUUUCCAUAUCAAAAAUGCAUGUCCAAUAUAGAAAUUUUAUUUAAUUGUAAAAGCUCCAUAGAGUUAUUUGGAAAGUAUACUACAGUUGAUGAAAUUGUUACCAAAGUUGUAAGUAACAGAUUUAAAGGAAGCUGUGAAUUGGAUUUGUCUGCAUUUUGUGAAGAUAAAGAAUUUUUAGAAAAUAAAAUUUAUUUCUACAAGUUGUCGCUUCUAUCACAUUUCAAAAUAUUAAUGCUAAGAAUGGGUAGAGAUACAAAAUCUUUGAAUUUAAGCUGUAACAACUUAAGUAAUGCUCCAAUGGAAAUUCUUAACUUCUUCAUGAAAGGAAAUUUGACAUCCAUCAAUCUGAGUCACAAUAGAAUACCAUCAUUGAACCAAGUACCGAGAGUUAGCAGUAAAAUAGAAAAAUUAUGGAUGGAAGAGAAUCCAUUAUGUGAAACACUAGACGCAUCGACCUACAUAAAAGAUAUAUUGUUUAAGUUCCCAAGAUUAUUGGAGUUAGACGGCGUCAAAUUAAAUCACCAUCGAACGUACUUACCGUCGAUAAGGAACUUCGUAGUGCCAGCCGCAUUGCACUCAAACCAUGCUAUUGACGAGUUCUUGGCCAUAUUCUUUUCAUACUACGACGACCCGUUCCGACAUAAUCGCAAAUAUUUAGCGAAUCUUUAUGACGUUGAAGCGAAAUUCAGUAUCAGCACUUGUUUUACUUCAAGAGAACAGAGAGAUCUUCCACAUUACAUGAACCAUUCGUGGAACAUUAUGGACAUGUCAAUGCAAGCCUGCAGUUCGCCGGGCGCUAGGAUCUACAACGGUGAAGCUGUACUGGCGAUCCUUACAAGCCUGCCCGAAACGAUACACGACCCGACAACUUUCUCGAUUGAUGUUUUACUUCAUAAUGAAAAAACUUUAGUACUGGUUGUGGAUGGUGUUUUUAAAGAGAAAUCAAUAACAGGACAAGAUAAAAUUCUACAAUUCAGACGAACAUUCGUGUUUACGUGUAGAAAGGAGAAAGAAGGUACUAAAUAUCUCAUCGCCAAUGAUAUGUUAACUGUGACAACAGCUGCGAAUGAACACAAACUAAACAGUUUUAAGAGUAUCUCUAGGAGCAUGAAUUGGUAGUGGCUACAUCUAGGCGAGAUUCCAAGGGUCCGUCAGAUGGGACGUAUGAACUUCUUUACGAGUUCUGACACCCAUUAUUAAGUAGAUACUGUCAGCUCAAUCCCCCGUAUACGGAUCCUAUUGCCGAAAAAAGAUGUGAGUACCAACCAUCGACCCACUUUCGUGAUUAUCUUACAUGUACAUUUGGAAAUCAAUUUUGAAUCCAAGUUUUUCGUUUUUCACGGUUGUAUGUAACCUAAAUAGGAAAGAGAUUUAGUAAUUUAUAAAAAUAAUAAAUCAUUGUAC